AUGUCGGACACGGGCGAUAGUACACAUAAGCGAUCGAGGUCCUCUGCCCUCAACCUGCUCCGCCGAAAGGAUAAGGACAAAGACAAGGAGGGCCGCGCUGCCAGCACCAUCGCAGACGACGACGACGCUCUCUCCGAGGACGGCUCGCACAUUGCCCCAUCCGCCAAAGGCCAGAACUCAUCCUCCAGAAUGUCCCUCGGCCGCGUCACCUCUCAACAGCAACAGCAGCCUUCCAGCGCUGCUGCACCUGCGCCCUCGCGGGCAAGCAUCUCCGUCAGCGGUGAGAGGGGUUCAACACUCGAACAGGCUGUCCGCAAGUUCCGCUAUGUCGAGGCGCUCAAGAGCGGAAAUACAGCCGCCAUUUCCAGGGCGAUCCGUGAAACGUCCGACAAUGCCAACAGAGCGAGCAUCUCGUCCAUAAAUGCCGCCAGCUACGGCCCGCUCGACGACACUACCGUCCUCCACCUCGCCAUACAAUGCGCCGAGAACGAUGUUGUCGAAUAUGUCCUCUCCGACGGAGUCAACUACGUCGAUGUCAAUGCACGAGACAAGGAUGGUAACACUGCGCUCCACGUUGCAGCCACUUCUGGUCGUGGCCAUAUCGUUCGUCUUCUACUAGAACAAAAGGACAUCAAUGAUGCCAUUGCAAACAACCAAGGCAAACUGCCCCUCGACGUUGCCCGCAACCCGGAAAUCUUCCAGCAGCUACAACUAUCUCGGACUUUGUUUGUCCAGGACAAGGUGAAGCAGGUCCAAGACCUCGUUAGAAAAGGAACCUACGAGACCCUCGGGCAGGUGCUGGAGGAGCCCCGCGUCAAGACCAUUUUGGAUAUUAAUAGCACUGAGCUGCCCUCGGAUCUCGAGACCGUGCAGUCAGGUGGCAAUCUGCUGCACGAGGCUGCCCGGAGAAAAGACACGAAGCUCAUCCAAACGCUGCUUCUUCAUGGUGCAGACCCCUUCCAGCGCGAUCGCAAGGGCAAGCUUCCUCAAGAUGUGACCAAGGACGAUGUCACGCGAGCCAUGCUCAAACGAUCCCCAGCAGCGGUUGCAGCUCAGAGAGGCAUUCAGGAGAAGGCAGUCUUGGGACACGCGGCCGCUACGAGCGCUGCAACUCCUGUUGCUGCUGGCGAGCCCGUCGGUGGCCGAGAACCUACGAUGAAGGGGUACUUGAAGAAGUGGACCAACUAUCGCAAGGGCUAUCAGUUGAGAUGGUUUGUCCUCGAGAACGGAGUGCUGAGUUAUUACAAGCACCAGGAUGAUGCAGAGAACGCCUGCCGUGGUGCCAUCAGUAUGCGCAUUGCAAAGCUUCACAUGAGCACAGACGAAAAGACCAAGUUUGAAAUUAUUGGCAAGUCUUCUGUCAAAUACACCUUGAAGGCAAACCACGAAGUCGAGGCCAAGCGUUGGUACUGGGCUCUCAACAACGCGAUCCAGUGGAUGAAGGACCAAGCCAAAGAGGAAGAGAAACAAAAGGCAAACACAGCCGAGUACCUACGCCAGGCUCAUCUCGCCGCAAAGAGCACGGAUGGUUCUACUGCCGAUGUCCACAGCGAAGCCGCCAGUGUCACCGAUGCUGGAAGAAAUAGUGUUUCGCUUUCCAGAUUGCCGACCAAGGGUUCCAUGUCCAAGCAUGGAUUGUCUCGCGCUAGUACAAACGAUAGUAUCGAUGAUGAGUUUGUUGACGCCGGAGCCUCAGAAGCACGAUCCAAGCGUAACGGCGCUCUGUCAGUACCCGGCGACGUGGAUGACGAUGACGAUGAGUCGAGUGGCGGUGAGAGGCCAACUGCUUCCAAGGAUGCCUUCAACAUUACAGCUCAGUCUGCCAAACUACAGCUCGACACAAUGGCUCAGGUCAGCACUGCUCUACAAGCCGAGGCUAACAGGAAUCCAAACCUGUCGCUCGUCGAUCCCAAGGCGGCACAAGCAUUAGCCACCUACGACGCAGCUAUCAAGAGUCUGAAGGGACUUAUGGGAGACCUUCUCAGAAUAUCGAAAGAUAGAGACGCUCACUGGCAAUACCGUCUGGAUCAAGAGAUUGAGAUGCGGCAGAUGUGGGAAGAAUCCAUGGCCAAGGUGGCCAAGGAGCAGGAAGUGCUGGAAGAGCGCGUUGGACGGGCCGAGUUGAAGCACAAGAUGACCAAACGAGCCCUUCGUGAAGUUAUGGAGCAGGACGGGCGUCCUGUCAGUGCAUACAGCUCCGUGGUCCAUCCCCCAGAGUCUUCGAGUGCCAACGAAGGACAACCCGCCCUGGAACCAAAGUCACCAGCGAGCCUGAGCCGGAAGCCCACCGCCCUUGCUCAAGUCGUCGAUGACCUAUCCGAUGGCGGAGAGACAGAUGAGGAUGAGUUUUUUGAUGCGGUUGAUGCUGGUCAAGUCGAGGUAGAGCCACUGCCACCUGCAGAGGUUGUCUCAGCGGAUAGCGCCCAGGAAGUGGUUGUAUCAGGAGCUUUGGACAUUAGCGACUCGUACAAGGGUUACGAAAAUGGAAUCAGAAAACGGCUCAAGCUUGACAAUGAUGACCGGCCGAAGAUUUCCCUCUGGGGUAUCCUGAAAUCCAUGAUUGGAAAAGAUAUGACCAAGAUGACUCUGCCAGUGUCCUUCAACGAGCCAACUUCUAUGCUCUUCCGAGCUGGUGAGGACAUGGAGUACGCUGACCUGCUUGACCAUGCCGCCGAACGCAGCGAUUCUAUCGAGCGCAUGUUGUAUGUUGCAGCUUUCACCGCAAGUGAAUUUGCCUCAACCAUUGGCCGUGUCGCGAAACCCUUCAACCCCAUGCUGGGCGAGACAUUUGAAUACGUCAGACCUGACAAGGGGUAUCGUUUCUUCACCGAACAAGUCAGUCAUCACCCUCCAAUCGGUGCAGUGCAUGCCGAGUCUGCUUCAUGGUCAUACUACGGAGAAUCCAAUGUUCGGUCCAAGUUUUAUGGCAAGUCCUUCGAUAUUGCCCAUCUUGGCACGUGGUGUGUGGAAAUCCGUCCAAAGUCUGGUGGUAAGCCCGACUUUUAUUCAUGGAGAAAGCCCAACUCUCAAGUUGUGGGUAUUAUCACGGGUAACCCUGUCGUCGACAACUAUGGUCUUGUAGAAAUCAAGAACUGGACCACUGGUGAAGUCUGUCAACUUGACUUCAAGCAGCGCGGUUGGAAGGCUUCGAGUGCAUACCAGAUUGCUGGCAAGAUCCUAGAUGCAGAUGGUCGCCCACGUGUCAGCAUUGGCGGGCGCUGGAACUCUAAGCUCUACGCGCGUUAUACGCCUGGUUAUGAAGCCACAGUCGACGAACCUGCCGAUGGUGGUUCGUUCCACAAGGGAAAUAUCAGUGACACCACCAAGGCCUUCCUCAUCUGGCAAGCCAAUGAUCGUCCAAAGGACAUUCCAUUCAACCUGACGCCGUUCGUUCUCACGUUCAACCACAUUGAUGACAGUCUUCGCAAGUGGAUCGCGCCCACAGACUCCCGUCACCGCCCUGACCAACGUGCCAUGGAGGAUGGUGAAUACGACCAUGCCGCUACUGAAAAGGAGCGUCUGGAGAAUGAGCAACGACAGCGGAGGAAAGAACGCGAAGCCAAGGGUGAGGAAUACGUGUCACCCUGGUUCACCAAGGACAAGCAUCCGAUUACGGGCGAGGAAUACUGGAAGUGGAAUGGCAAGUACUGGCAACAACGAGAGAAGCACGGUAACGGUGACGCUCAAGCCUGGAAAGGUACGGAGCCCAUCUUCUUUCCUCAGGAGUCCUAG